AUGUCAAAAGUUCCAGCUAUUUAUCAAUUGGGUCACUUACCCAUCAAAGACCACGUUUUCUCCCCCGACCGCACCAUAUUAGCAAUCACUAAAGAAAACUUGGUGGAAAUUUACAAGGUUGACCCCAACAACUUAUCCACCAAACCCAAAUUAGUUGCUCAGUUGCGUGAUCACGACAAGACUGUCACCUCGGUUGACAUUUCGCCUGAUGGAUCAAGAAUCUUAACUUGCUCUCAAGAUAGAAAUGCUUCAGUUUGGGAAUACGAAAAUGGAGAGUUUAAACCAACAUUGGUCUUGUUGCGUAUCAACAGAGCUGCUACAGUUUGUAGAUGGUCACCGGAUGGACAGAAAUUUGCUGUUGGAUCUGGAGACAGAGUGAUUGCUGUUUGUUACUACGAACAAGAAAAUGAUUGGUGGGUAUCAAAACAUUUAAAAAAGCCAAUUAAAUCUACCAUCACCACUAUUGAUUGGCAUCCAAAUGGUGUCUUGUUGGCCAGUGGGUCUACUGAUGGGCAUAUCAGAGUCUUUAGUGGUUACAUUAAAGGCAUUGAUGCUAAACCAGAACCAAGUGUAUGGGGUACUAAAUUACCCUUUCAAACAUUAUGUGGUGAUUUUACCAAUGAAACAAAUGCAUGGGUACAUGGUGUCAAGUUUAGUCCUGAUGGAAAUGCGUUGGCUUGGGUCUCUCACGAUUCUUCAAUUGGAGUUGUUUACCCACAAGGAGAAGGACUUGAACCAAAGUCUAUUUUAAAUGUCAAGACAAACUAUUUACCAUUCAAGUCAGUUGUUUGGACUUCAGACAAUUCAGUUGUUGUUGGAGGAUUCAACUGUAACUUAGUUGUGUUCAAAGGUAAUGAACAAAAUUGGCAAGAGGCUUACCAAAUUGAGGAACAAAAGGAUUUGACUAAGGAACCGCCAAAGGUUAAUGGCGAUGACGAAGAAGAGGAAAUCUCUUCUCAUCAAGCUUUGAAUAUGUUUAAGCAAAUGGAUUUGAAAGGUAGAGCUAAUAAGCCAAGUGGUGGACAUGGAAAGGCAGCUAAAGCUUUGACCACUAUUCAUCAAAAUACCAUCGUCAGUAUUAAAAACUUUGCUAAUGGUCAAGUUUCAACAUCAGGUAUUGAUGGUAAAGUAGUCAUCUUCAACGUAUAG